CAAAAUAAUAUUCAGAAGUGAUUUAGGCAAAUGCCUCUCUGACUUCCUUCCCUCCCGGAUUCCUGGAGGAGAGGUACAGCACAGACAGACUUGAAAAUUCUGUCAUCAAAGCUUACCUCCAUAAAGUGUAAUUCUACUCUAACUGUGGAGUUGAUUUUCUGCUCUAGUCUAUUGAGUGUAGUUAAUGUCGCCUCUAUCUUUACAGGUAAGAUUGUCAACAUAAGUUAUAUUUAGGUACUGAUUGUAAACAGUAAAUGCAAAAGCUGUUUCCACACUUGUAAAAGGAAAGGUUGCCAAAGGCAACACAAGAGAUCCAUGAGCAAAUUACAUUAGAAGUCUCAAAGCUGUUUAUUUGUGUUACAUCAGAAUCCCCACUACCUUUCAUUGGAUUAGAACUGCACUAUUGAAGGUGGUUUUUUUAACACACAAGGCAGCAUGUGCUGCUUUCUUGCUCAAUUUGAAAACUCUGCUCUAAAUCAUACUAUUAUCAGUUGCACCUUCUGGAGAAAGGGAUAAGGAGGAUAGAAAUACUCCCCAAACCUUUAAGAAGUCCCUGACUGUAUUAACAUGUUUUUUUGAAGUGUGAUUAUCUGAAAAAGAAAAGGGAUUACAGUACCUGCUAGAAAAAGAAAUAUCAUACAGCAAUGAAAUGUAUGAAAUCAUAUAAGAAACCACUAUACUAUCUUCUUUCUGGCUGGUAGUUGAAAGUAACUACUCCCUUGUAAAGUCAACUGAUACUCUUAUCAGUACAGCCACUUGGAUAGAAUGACCCUAUUGAAAAAUAGUUCAGAACUGAAAGAUCAAGAUAACAUAUUUUGUUGUUUAAACCCUUAGCUGGUAUCGGUGGGAGAGUUUACAUAACAACGUAUAUUAUAUUUGCAACUUUCUUUUGGGGAGCUUCAUCCUUAUUUUUUCCAGCUGAUUAAUUCUGCUGAAAGGUGAGAAUUUCCAAUAGUCUCUGCUCCGACACUCUCACUUUAGAAACGGUAUUGAUGGACUCCUCAAAAGACUUUGGAUCUCAAACACUUGGCAAAUCGAUCCUAUUAAAAAAAAUGAAAACAGUGCAGCCAGUUCCCAGCCUACUAAUUUCACUUUCCCACUCCAGCCAUGGGCAAAGUGGGGAAUGUGUGUGUGUGUGUGUGGGGGGGGACCUUCCCAGGUCUUCAAUUCUGCAAACUAUAAAAGGCUUUUGCUGCAGACUCAAGGGCAAUAGUUAAGCUCGUUGGGGGCUCACAGAAAAAGAAAGCCACAAAAGGGAGGCGGAAGAGGGGGUACUUGAGUGGCGAUGGGGAGCAAUUCAGAUGCCAGGAGGCUCGGGGGUCUAAGGAGAGCACCCAAUGGACGGGGCAGCAAAGAUCGAGCCAAACAACUUCCCACGCUCGGCGGGACUGAGCGCUUCCUUCCUGCAACUCACAAAGGGUGAUAAGCGACGGGAGGAAGGGGGCAAAGACAGAUUGGAGCUGAGGGAGGAGGAAGUAGAAGGUGACCGCGCCUAGGCCGGGCUUCUCUCCUGCGCCAGGGCCUCCCGGAGCCGAGACGAAUUGAGGCGGGAACCGGUCGCUGCAGGAGGCGACAUGAACUCGUGGCCUGUUGGGGCCAGGCAGGGCCGUCCGCGUCCCGACUCCCUGCUGCUGGUCUUGUGGGCGCUGCUGCUUCUGACCCGCUAUUCGGCGGAAGAGAAGAAACGGGAAAACACCAGAGAUGUAAUUUUUGAUGUUUGUGCUACUUGCCAUGCAAAUGCCACAUGUGUACAAAAAGAUGGCAAAGAUAUCUGUGAGUGCAACUAUGGAUUUAUUGGAAAUGGGAGAACAAUCUGUCAUGAUAAAAAUGAAUGUCUUUCUGGCAUUUGUGGAGAGCACGCUGUAUGUCAUAAUACACACGGAAGCUAUUACUGUGUUUGCCAUGUAGGCUUCCAGGCCUCCAAUAAACAUGGAACAUUUAUUCCCAAUGAUGGCACAACAUGUAUAGUUGUGGAUUGUGGACCUCCACCUUAUAUUCCAAAUGCUCUGUCAGCUCCUGUGGAUAGAACCACUUAUGGAAACCAAGCCCUUUAUACCUGUCAGCCGAAUUAUGUCCUUGAAAGUGGGAACUCAACUGCGGUUUGCAAUGCCAAAGGAAAAUGGGAAGGUGCAGAUAUGGUGUGUAAAGAAAUAGACUGUGGAAAACCACCGAGGCUGCCAAAUGCAGACAUUAUCUGGGAUAAUAGCACAACUUUAGGGAGCACCAUAUACUAUAAAUGCAAAGAUGGAUUUCAGUCUUUUGGAGAACAUAAUUUUUCAGAAUGUAAAAUAUCUCACAAAUGGGAAAACAUUACUUUUGAAUGCAAAGAAAUCACCUGUGGCCAACCUCCUGUAUUGUCUUUCUCAAACAUGAUAUGGGAUGGGUCUACUCAUCCAGGAAGCACCGUAAAAUACAACUGCGUGAAAGGUUUCUAUUCCACAGGGACAAAAAGUCAUUCUGUUUGCACCAGAAAUGGAUCUUGGGAAAUGUUGGAUUUAAGCUGUAAAAAAGUGCAAGACUUUGUUAAUGUUACAUGGAAAGAUCCUUGUGUGUCAUGGAAGAGACAUUACGGAAGUGCUGGAGUAAAUGAAACCUAUCAAGUUACUGUGUUGAUGCUAGGAAAUGAAUCAAAGGAAAUGACAGAUAUGUUGAUCAAACCUCCUGCCACUGAGCUGGCUGUAAAUGUGUGUUUGCAAUUACAGCAACACACAAAUUACACUGUGGAAAUUAUUGCAGACUCCAUUAAUUUGCUUUUACGGUUGAGAAUAGCACAUCCAGUAAUUCAUCCAGUGGCUGAAAAGACAGUAUUCAACAACAUUUCCAUAUUUAAUGACACCUGUAUUAAAUGGCAGAGAGUCCCAAGAAGAACACAGACUGAGGAAACCUACCUAAUUCACCUAGUGGGUCUACGCUGGUAUCAGGAGGAAUUCAGUCAUAAAAUGAUUCUUAACUUUACCACAAAUUCAUGGAAUCCAGAAUUGUGCCUCAAUUUAUCUUCAGGCAGCAAUUACACUGUAAAUAUCUCCACUGCUGACCUAAAUCAUAAUGUCCCCCUCCAUUUGAGCAUCCCAUUAGCAGAUCCACCAUUGCCACAAGUAGAAUUCAGAUCAGCACAAGGCUUUAUACCAUUAUUGAGCUUUCUGAAAGCUGAAGGAAGAAAUGGUCCAAUCAGUUCAUACCAAGUGAUUGUCAUUCCUGGGAUUCCACUCUGCAACUUUAAUUGCAACUCCUUGACCAACCUCUCCUACUUCAGCAAAGGUUCAGAAUCUGAUAGCUAUGUGACAGCUGAAUUCUUGGCCAAGAGCAUUCCUGAGAACAGGUUAAGCUUUGUUCCUGGAGACCGACUAUAUUAUGGAGGAUUUUAUAACGCUCCCUUGAAACCAAGUAAAGCAUACUGUAUUGUACUUAAGACUGUCAGCAAGUGGAACAGGAUGAGAACACAGUCCUGUGUAAUAUGGGCCCAUAUUAGAGAUAUAUCAUUCCCAAUACAGCAUUUGGAUAUUGUUAUUUUAAGCUCAGUUGCUGCUAUCAGUACCAUCUUUUUAUUAUUACUCUGCCUAGCAUGCAGCACAUUCAACUCCAGCUGAACCACUAAGGAAAUGUUUUUGAUAGACUGGAUAUUUAUCAACUGCUAUCAAUACUGCCCAGGAAAGCAAUGCAUUCUGCAAACGAAUUCUGCAAAUGCUUUUAUCUAAUGGGUACAACUCCUGAUCAUUUGGAAGAGAAUAAAAACAAGCCACAGAAAUAUGGACAAUCCUUCAGUACUCAAGAGGAGGAAAUCCAUAUGCAAAAUACUAUCUCCCGCCUUCCCGUUUAGAAAAUGGAUUUUGAUAUCUUGUUUUCUUCAUGUAGUUUUCAGUCUUGAAGCUUGUUAUAUUUGUUUACACACAUACCCAUUUUACAUCCAUAGCAAACUUGUGUACGUUCUGUUUCAGUUCAUGUUAAGACACUGAAUUUAUUUUUGGAUGGGGAGUUACUGAAUAUUUUUAAAUAAGAACCUUUAGUAACUCUUCUUUCAAAAAUAAAAUAGAACAUUUAUAUUAGAGGCCCAAGUUAAAACCAGAAAUACACAUUUCCGAAAAUCAUGUAAAGUUGAAUUUGUUUUCUUUUGAAAUCAAGAGGACUUUUCCCUUUAUUUCAGUAGAAUCUAUCCUUACUUUUGUAAUUUGGAUCCACUCAGUAGGUGUUCAUUUCUACUGAAUUGUUUAAUGGGACCAAGCUAAAAAGUUAGAGGAUUUUUUUUUUACCAUUUCUCAUGAUUUUCGGAAAAUUUUACUACUUUCAUAAUUUGCAACUUCUCACAUUACACUUAAAAUUAUGAUGGAAUGUUUUUCAAAGGGUUUUUUAGAUUAGAUGUUUUGUAGCUUUGUGCUGCAAAUAGCUCACCCCUGGUGUUCAAUGAUCUGUCAAAAAAAUAAUAAUUGCAUUUUCUUUUCAAAAGUAAAAUUAUUUCAAAACAAAAAAACCCAAAAGAAUUUUACAAGCAAAAUGCAAGAGAAAAGACAAGCCUCUUCCAUGGAAGAAAACGUUGGGCAAAUUGGAAGCUAUAUUUCAACCCACUCUCAAAUCCAGGGAAUUUCUAAUUGAGAUGCAUUUGUCAUUAGAAUUUUUUUUUAAAUGUAGUUUUUGAUGUACGAUUUUAAGAAAUAACUGAUAGAAAGCAGUUAAGCAGAAAUGUUUACAGAACUUUGAUGAUCACUUAAUUAUUAAAGAAAAGCAUUUAUUUUUCA